AUGGCCGACGACGGCCGACCUGCCGAGGCGCCCAGCCCACGGGGCUCCCCGGGUCGGGCGCCGCGGGUCCCGCGCGCGGUCGGGCCGGGAAGCGGGGCCAGCUGCGGGGAGACCCCUAGGACGCCGGCGCUGGCGCUGCGCUUCGACAAGCCCAUCAAGCAGGCCUUCUACAAUACGGGGGCCGUGCUGUUCGUGUGCCUGUGCUGCGGCGCAGCCGUGCUCGUCUACUUCAUCCUGGAGGCCUUCCUGCGGCCACUGCUGUGGGCCGUGCUGUGCGGCACCUUCCUGCACCCCUUCAAGAGCUCGCUGACGCGCCUGGGCCGCCACUGGCUGCAGCGCCUGCACCGCGCGCACACGCCCAUCGUGCUGGCCGCGCUGCUGCUGCCGCUCUGCUUCGCCGACUACGGCGUUGAGGCCCUGGGCGAGCAGGCGCUGCGCCGCCGCCGCCUGCUACUGCUGCUGGGCGCCGGCGGCCCGCUCCUCUACGGCCUCUACUGCCUCGGCAGCUACCUGGGCGUGCAGGUGCUGCUGGCGCACGCCGGCGCGCUCAUCUGCCGCGGGCUGGACUACUUCAGCAGCCUGUGGAUCUGGACACUGGUAGUUGGCUAUGUGUUGGCUGUCUCAUUCAAGUGGAAUGCAAGCACUGAACGCUACUUGAGAGCAGUUUCAAUUCCUGUCUGGAUUAUAUUGCUUUUUCAUUUAGCAUCCCUGGCGGGCUCAUGGAGAAUUCCAGUAUUCCUGGUUAUUGUUUUCCUGAUGUCUGUGGGCACCCUCUAUGAAAAACAUAAUGGAAAAGAGUCUUCUGGAGCGGAGUUACCAGGGCAGGUUAUCUCCAUGGCAGCUUCUACUCUGGCAACCUUGGCCAUCUCCAUCACAGGGUAUGAAUCAAGUGCCGAUGACCAGCCUUCCGACCAGCCUGCAGAAACCAUGGACACAGGAGAACCGCCCGCACCACUGUCCUCAUCUCCUUCACCUUCUUCCCCCUCCCCUACUCUGGGUAGACAGAGGGCUGAAAUGGGAACAUUUCUCAGGAAGAAGAAAACCAGUGACAUCUACUUCGUGUCGCUCGUGUGGGCCAUCGUUGGUGUCCAGCUCUGGUUGAACCUGUGGAUUGUACAGUUGCUGCCGGUGCCUGUGGCAGUCUGGAUCCUCAAAAAGCUUGUCAUUCACUUUGGAGUCGUGGACUUCCUGGCGAAACGCUGCCGCGUGUGGUGGCAGGUGGCUGAGCACUUCCUCAAGGAGCGGCAGGAGGCUCUCGCACCAUGGCCGGUUAUUGGGCUUGGAAAAUUCUUGUUAAAAGUUGAUAGCAAGCUCUGGCACUGGCUAAAUAAGAAGAUGAUCAUCUGGUUGGAGAAGAUGUUAGACAAAAUAAUUAGCAUUUUCAUCAUAUUUUUAUUAGUGAUAGGAACCCUUCUUUUAGCCCUACUCCUGACUGCAAAGGUGCAUCAAGAGAGUGUGCACAUGAUUGAAGUCACAAGCAAUUUGAUUAAUGAGACUCUAGCAAAUCACCCUGAGUGGGCAAAUUGGCUUCCUGAAGCUCAGGUAGUCCAAAGAGCCCUCAAUUCUGCAGCUAACAACGUGUAUCAGUAUGGAAGAGAGUGGAUAACCCACAAGCUUCAUAAAAUUCUGGGAGAUAAGGUGAACAAUACUGCUGUAAUUGAAAAGCAAGUACUAGAACUUUGGGACAGAUUGUAUCAUUCUUGGUUUGUAAAGAAUGUAACGCAUUCUGGAAGGCACAAAGGACACAAGAUGCAUAUAAAUCGUCAGAAUAGCUGGCUGGGAGACAUCCUGGACUGGCAGGAUAUCGCUUCCUUUGUUCACGAGAACAUUGAGACAUUUCUUUCGAUCUUAGAGUCUCUGUGGAUUGUCAUGAGCCGGAACGUGAGCCUGCUUUUCACCACAGUCACCACCCUCCUGACCAUCCUCUUCUACAGCGGGACGGCCCUUCUCAAUUUUGUGCUAUCUCUGAUAAUUUUCCUGACCACACUAUUUUAUCUAUUAAGUUCCAGUGAUGAGUACUACAAGCCAGUGAAGUGGGUGAUAAGCCUGACACCACUAUCUCAGCCAGGUCCUUCUUCUAAUAUUAUUGGCCAGUCUGUGGAAGAAGCUAUCAGAGGGGUGUUUGAUGCUUCCCUCAAAAUGGCUGGCUUCUACGGAUUGUACACUUGGCUGACUCAUACUAUAUUUGGCAUCAAUAUUGUCUUCAUACCAUCAGCGUUAGCAGCAAUCCUUGGAGCGGUGCCAUUUCUGGGGACAUACUGGGCGGCAAUACCUGCCGUUCUAGACCUGUGGCUCACACAAGGCUUAGGGUGCAAAGCCAUCUUACUGCUGGUUUUUCAUCUCUUGCCAACAUACUUUGUAGACACUGCCAUCUACUCUGAUAUAUCAGGAGGUGGGCAUCCUUACUUGACAGGCUUGGCAGUGGCUGGUGGGGCGUACUACUUAGGCCUGGAAGGAGCAAUCAUUGGGCCCAUACUUCUCUGCAUACUCGUGGUCGCUUCCAAUAUCUACAGUGCCAUGCUAGUGAGUCCCACGAAUUCAGUGCCCACGCCAAACCAGACCCCAUGGCCUGCUCAGACUCAGCGGACUUUUCAUGAUAUUUCUGAGGAUCUGAAAUCUUCAGUAGACUGACAUGGUUUCCCCCGCAGUGAUUUCUGUAGGAGGCUCCGUCUUGAUAGUGAGUUCAGCUCAGCUGUGGCCUUCUGUCCUUUCAUCCGUGCCUAGCAAGCAGAGCCCGGAAGAGAAGCAGAACCCUCCUGGCCUUCCCUACAGAAUGCCUGGACAAGAGAGAGCUCGCUGUGGGGUGCUUUCCAUUUUAAAGCACGGCUUUAGAGCUCAGAAUUGUGGUUUGCUCACUUAAUUGUUGCUAGGAUGGCUUGAAGAGUUUCGAUUUAUACACUGGUACCAUGGCUUGAAGUUUCCCACUUUGGUUAUCUAUAUUAUUAUAAUAUGUAUUUAUAAAGUUAUUUCAAGAGCCCUAAACUACCUGCUGUUAAAAGUAGUUACAGUGUAAUUUUCUCCUGCUUUAAGGAAUCUGUUCUUAAACUUUUCUAUGGUUGUCACUUUUUAAUGAAGAGGGUUUUCAUUUUUGAAUUUGCAGUUUCUUGAGCAGGAAAAAGGAGUCGUCUUCCCUUCUUCCACCGUGUAUGGUCCCCUUUGUAAGAAAGAACAAAUCUUAAGUGUAAGACGGGGUGGCUUAUUUGAAUGUCAGUUAGUUGUGUGCUACAGCCAUAGGAGACACAGAAAGACUGUCUCUGCCCCCCCCUUCUCUUCCUUCCAUCUGCCAUUACACUAUGACCAACUUUCUAAAACUUGGUUGACCACUUUGAAGUAAAAUACUGAUUAAGCUGCUAUUAAUGGUAACAGUAUGACAGAAUUCACGUUGUGGUUCAGUUUUUCUUUCCAGAUACUUUAAGUGAAAAAUCUCAGGGGUAGCAGUUCUCUGAGUUGUUGAAUGUAUCCCUGUUUGCUUAUUUGAAAUUCUGCCAAUUAGUUACUUAUUAGCAGUAGAAUGUUACAUUUAUGUAGUAUUUUUCCAUCACUUAGCACAGUGCCUUGCACAUAAGACUCUAGAUGAAGGCUUGUUGAAUUAUGACUUUUUUAAGUAUCUCAGAUAUCACAAUAACCAGCAUAGCGCUUUACAUCUUACAAGUCGUUUUGCGCAUAUUUUUUCACAGCCACUCCCCAUCAGCUUUCAUGUAGCUUUAUAUUAUUUUAGAACUGUUUCAUACAGAUGGGGAAACUAAGGUUCAGAAAAAUUUAGUAAGAUUUUUACCUCAAAUCUUUCUGACUUAAUAGUCUGCGGACCGUGCUGUACUGUAACAUUUCUUCCAGUAUCUUCCACAGUUUUCCUAGUGUUUGUCCUACAGUUAAUGACAAGGCUGGGACUGGAACCUAGCUCUUAGCUCUGUGCCCUUUCCACUGUAUAAUGCAAUCAUUAGGCUCUUUAUCUGUCCCCAAGGGAAUAUGGAGGAGAAAGGGUUCCUAAGUAUCAAAGACCUCCCUUUGGAAAACGAAGGUAGAAGUCUUUUUUUUUUUUUCUAAAACAUUGUCUCCCUAAAGCAUAGUUAAUAAUAAUUAGCUUAAAUUUAUUCUGAUAUUACUUAAGAAAUUAGGUCCAUCUAGGAAAGAGGCUACUGUGAGGGCUUGACUUUAUACACUAGACUACAUGCAGGUCUCUUAUUUUUGCUGUCACAAUCUGAUGUUACACCGAGUGUUCCUUUGGCCACUAACUGACUUCUGCUUUUCUUCAGUCAUUUGUUCAGGAAAACUUGUCAAGAGUUUGCCAGCUCUGGUUCCCAUGCCAAGUACUGUACAGGGUGCCACAGGCAAUCAUAAGAAGCCCUUCUCUCACCUUGAAUCUUGGCCACAUCAUGUGCAUUACUAAAAUUAAAAUUUUUGCAUUAAAAGGCUUAAAGAAAUCAUAUUUGUUUUUGUUAAUUGUAUGCUGGUUAAGUUUAUAGCUAUAGUUGGCACAUAGUCAAGAGAGAAGUAUUAUAUACACAGUGAGUUUCGUCUGCAUAUACAAAUUAUGUUCCUCUAAAGUGUUUUUAGCUGUAUGAAGUGUUACUGAAAAAACUAACCUCGAGCUAAUGUAUGGCUGUUGCUGGUCAUAAUUACUGGUAUAAAUACCAGGAUCAUAGAAGGGAACUUAGAGCCCUAAGACAAGAUUUUAGAGCUGCCAAAAUUGACAAUGACAUCAUACCACCUGAAAUAUCAGGAGCAGAGGUACCCCCAGAGUGCUACACAGUCCUCAUCAGGAGACUGGAACUGCCCCAGUGCUCCAGCGACCGCGUAAUGACUCAGAAAGUCAGCCAGCUCUGGGACGUCUUCCUGGAACCCCCAAACAGAGAAACACAUCUCUUUGGAUAUAGUGAAGAGGGUUUACAGAAGUUUCAUAGGACACAGAUCACGUAGUAUGAAAAGGGGCGAGUCUCGAGUUCUGGUCUCAGAAAUGACGUGUCCCCGAUUCUCAGUUAGGGUUUGUCCCAGAAAAAGUCUCCCUAGGAGCAGACAGUGCAUUGAUGAAGUGGCUUCUGUAAAAACGGAUCCAGAAAUCUUACCACAAUGUCUUACAUUUAUUUUAUAGCUUCAUUAAAGAUUAGUUUUAAGUUCAUAUUCACUACUUCAGUUGUAAACUAAAUGGGGGGGAUGGGAGAAAAUGAAAGUCUCCACACAGAUGUGCUCCUCUCUUUUCUCAGAAAGAAUAAGGUAUAGGGUUUUUAGCAUAAACUCCAUGCCCUAUAAAUUCUUCUUCGGUUCCAAAAUUCCUGUCACAUUCUCUGUUCCUGGAAGUGAUCUCUUGUCAGACUGCCUGAGAUACAAGUCUUAUUUAUGUUUAAAUUUGUGAGGAUUCCUAACACUCUCUUCCAUUAGAGGUAGUUAGCUGGCAGAAUUUUCCUGUGACUUGUGACACUGGUGUAGACGGACUCUUGACAAGGUCAAGAGGUGUAAUGGAGGCUUGCUGUAUUUAAACUCAGAACCUUUGGAAAUAGCAGCUGCAUAUUCCAGUUAAAGGGUGGCUAAAGGGCUUGCAGCUGAGGUCCUCUGGCUAAUGUUGGUCUUAAAUACCCAUUGUGACCCUAAUCCUACCCCUAGUUCCCACAUUGGUUGCAUUUAGUGCUUCAGGAUGUGUCACUACUGGGCAAGAGAUACUCAGAGAUUCAGGCCAUGAAGGGUUUGAUUAGAGCAAAGGAAUUUUAGUGAGCUAUCCAGGGCUCUCAACCUCAGGGUUUAUAGGAAAAACCCCUUCAUAACUUCCCAUCCUCUGGUCCUGACUGGCAGUUUCCUCUCUGGGUCUUUCGAGACCCUUACAAGAGUAUUAUAGUAGGCAUUUCACAUUGGAAAUAGCCUAUGGCAGUAUAUUCCAAGUGUUAGUUCCAGCUAAGAGCAAGUACUUUUUUUUUUUUUUAACAUUUAUUUAUUUUUGAGACACAGAGAGAGAGAGCAUGAACAGGGGAGGGUCAGAGAAAGAGGGAGACACAGAAUCUGAAACAGGCUCCAGGCUCUGAGCUGUCAGCACAGAGCUCGACGCGGGGCUCGAACCCAUGGACUGCGAGAUCAUGACCUGAGCCGAAGUCGGACACUUAACCGACUGAGCCACCCAGGCGCCCCCAAGUACUUGAUUUUUUAUUAAUUUUUUGUCCUUACACAAUUGCCAUCAAAAUAUAUUCAUUAAUUGAGGACCUGCAAAAAUAUGCACAUGCUAACUGAAACCACUGAGCAGUUAUUUUUUGACAGUUUAAAAAUAAUCAAAAGAAUUGUAAAUCAAGAUGUUCUCUCUACUAGAGUCAUAAAAAUUCUGUGCCAGAAUGGGCCUUCUAUAAUUAGGUGAUCCUGUCAUUUUUCUAGGGGAGAAAAAUCCAUAGGCUUUUCUAGCACAGAGCUAGUAACAAUUCUGAGUAGAAUGCGGUUCCUUUGUCUCUCUUUUUUUUAAUGUUUAUUUACUUUUGAGAGAGUGAGUGGGGAGGGGCAGAGAGAGAGGGAGACAGAAUUCCACGCAGGCUCUGCACAGACAGCAGAGAGCCCGAUGCAGGGCUCUAACCCACAAACCGUGAGAUCAUGACCUAAGCUGAAGUCAGACCCUUAACCUACUGAGUCACCCAGGUGCCCCCAGUGUUUUGUUUUGUUUUGUUUUUCUCUUAGCCCAUUGUUCUACUUCUCUUCCCUUUCCCUUUUGGUUGAGCAGCUUUUGGAAAAAUGUGUUCCUUAUGGCAGUAGUUCCAAGGGAUGUUAUUAGAUGUUAUAAGAAGUGUAUAUGAAGGGAAGGGACUCUAUGGUCAAUUAAAAUUGAGGAAUUCUGAGUUUGUUUCCUUUCGAUGGGACUUCCUAGAGUUUUUAAACCUGUUAAAUAUUGUGAAUUUAUGAGGGGACAAAGACUGUUUACUAGACUUACUUGACCUUAAACUGCUCCCCUGCCCUCCCCCUCUUAGCAGAGCUUCCCCAAGGACUUCUUGUCCUUUGGGAAACAUGGCUUUUGAGGAAGUUUACAGCUCUUUUAGGAGACAUCCUUAAUGGAAACCCUGAAUGGUAAAUCUAUUACCAUGGUUCCAUGUAAACUGUAAUAAAUCUCAGAGUUUAAUGAGAUACCAGAAAGAAAACAUAUUUGCUGUUCAGAGCUAUACAUAAAGUAUAGAGAUUCUUUUCCACCUAUUAUGGUGUGUAAAAUCAGUAUUUGUGUUUAGUUUUGCAAGUUUUUCAAAAAUCUAUUAAUGUGCAAAUAUAGUGGUGGUAUAUUGAUAUUACAUUUUAAUAAUGCUUUUGUAUGUCACUUUAUAGUUUUCAGACUGCUCUCAUAACAACCCUGUGAGAUAGGCAGGUGUUAAGUAUUAUUGAAUGAGGCAUUGGAGGCUCAGAAAGUUUUUUUUUGUGAUUUUUCCCUUAAGUUUAUACCACAAAAUUAUGGAGCCAGAAUUCACUUGCAGAACUUCUGACUCCAAGUCCAGAGUUCUUUCCUCCACACCUGGUUUCUUAUUUUAAUUCUUGCUUUAUAUCUUAAAAUGAAAGGUGUGGAAGUGAAUCUUCAAAUAACAUGUUGGCUUAUUAUCAAAUCCUAUUUCUUUUCUUUUUCUUUUUUUUUUUUUUUGCAGUGGCCCAGAAAGUGUAACUCUUAUUAUAGCUCUCCCAAAGAAAAUCCUUUUUCUGUCCUUUGUAGUGCCCCUUGUUUGGGUGACUGGAGGAUAUUUCAGAUACCAUUUGAUUUUAAAACCAAGACUGGGUGUAUAGUUGUAAUUGCCUAUAUAACUUUUGGAAAGGUAUCAUCUCUGCAUUCUCAGGCAAAGUAGAGAUGGUUUGAAGGCAAAAAGAGUUUGUUCAAAUACAAUACAUAUUCUUUAUUCUCACACAGAGCCUACUUCUUAGCUUUAACUCGCUUUGACAACCUACUGAUGUAACUUCUUUGUACAUGUGAAAUAUUUAUAUUUUGAAAUAAAAUUACGAGUGUUAAAUGAA